GAGCCAUGCCAGUUGCUUUGUUUACGAGCCUCUUGUAUACCAUCCACCAUGUUGAGACUUUGCAGAGCUGGUCUUCUUUCGUCACCUCUCCGUACCCCGGUUUCCCUUGUGAGAGCGUUCAGACUGUACUCCGAAAUUGUGCCUCGGAUAGUGGUUUCCAAGCCGGAGAGUCAUCAGCCAUUGUCGAAGGAUGAUCCGCGCAGAAAGCCAAUGACUGUCAACUCCGAGCUCCCGGACCCGCUCAAAGAGAAGAAUUACCAGCUUCUUAAGGCGUUAGCAUUCUUUACGUCCAUGACCGCCGUGUGUCUUGUCAUCUUCAACUACGAAAAGACCACCUCGCCAAUCAUCAACUCCACUUUCCACUUCAUGCGCCGCUCUACCAUGGCGCGUACAAUGUUGGGGAACAGUAUAUCGUUUGAUGGGGCUGUGCCGUGGGUUCACGGAACCUUGAACCAGAUGAAGGGGGACAUAGACGUGUGGUUUAACGUCAAAGGUGAUGUGGCCCAGGGCUGUGUCGUCUUGAGAGCCAGUCGAGACUCCAGAAACGAUCAGUUCACCAUCCAUGAGUGGACCUUGACAGUUGGCGAGAAGGAGUUUGAUUUGUUGAGGGACGAAUCGGUCACUAUCUUCUUGUAAGUGCCUUCCCCUGUACAUAGUUUAUACAUAUUCA